AUGGCCACCGCGAGUGCGAUGACGGGGCACCAGCAGCUCCCUCGCCGGCCCGCGUCGUGCUCCAACUCCAAGCAGAACCGGGCCAGCAAGAGCAAGCCGCCGGUGGUGAUCGCGCACGAGUGCCCCAGCGCGAUGCGUGCCCACGUGGUGGAGGUGCCCGCGGGGCGCGACGUGCUGUCGUGCGUCUCCGCGUUCGCGCGGCGUGGGCGGCGCGGCGCGCUGGUGCUGGGCGCGGCCGGGCACGUCACGGACGUGGUGCUCCGGGAGCCCGCGCUGGUGCUCCGCGGCACCAUGGAGAUACUGAGCCUGGCCGGCUGCUUCUUCCCGUUCCCGGGGCCUGGGUCGGCGGCAGCCACGGGGACGGCGGUGUUCCUGGCGGGGCCGCGGGGCAGCGUGCUGGGCGGCGGCGUUGCGCUGGGAGGGCUGGUGGCCGCAGGGCCGGUGGUGGUCAUGGUGGCCACGUUUGUAGCGGCGGCGCUGGACAGGCUGCCGUUGGCCAAGGGGCAGGAGGCCGGGAAGGCUCAGCAGGGCUGUGACGUGCAUGGACACCACCGGGCGUGCAGCUGGGCGGCAGUGUGCCGAAAGCAGCAGCAGCAGCUUGGCGCCAAUAGCUGA